CAUGGUCUCUCCCAGUUGUGCCCCGUCAAAACCCGGGCAGGAAGGCGGGGCUUGGUUGGACGUGCUCACUGUCGGAGAAGCGGAGGGGGCUGGCUUGCGGCCCGUCCCGCUUUAAUAAACUAAGCUAGUAACACUCAGACGUGUCAGCACUCUGCGCGUGUGAAUUCAUUUCAUGUUCCAUAGUAGGAAAGCAGUCGACUGAUUCCUUGGUUGACUGCGAAGUGGAACGGCGGCCAGGACAGACGACCAUUCCCCCCCUCCCCUUUGCACUAUUUCUUUUUUAAUUGAAGGGGAAAAUAACGGGACUAUUUCGUUAUUAUAUGAGCCCAUGGCGAAUUGUGGAUGAUUGUGGUGGAGCCUUCACUAUGGGCGUCAUCGGCGGAGGAGUCUUCCAGGCCAUCAAAGGCUUCCGCAACGCCCCUGUUGGAAUUCGACACCGAUUGAGAGGUAGUGUCAAUGCUGUGAGGAUCCGAGCCCCCCAAAUUGGAGGUAGCUUUGCAGUGUGGGGGGGCCUGUUCUCCACCAUCGACUGUGGCCUGGUGCGGUUGCGGGGCAAGGAAGACCCCUGGAACUCCAUCACCAGCGGAGCCUUGACUGGGGCUGUGCUGGCCGCCCGCAGUGGCCCACUGGCCAUGGUAGGCUCGGCAAUGAUGGGGGGCAUUCUGUUGGCCCUCAUCGAGGGUGUCGGCAUCCUCCUCACUCGCUAUACUGCCCAGCAGUUCCGCAACGCACCCCCGUUCCUGGAGGACCCCAGCCAGCUUCCCCCUAAGGAGGGGGCCCCAGCCUCGGGCUACCCCAGCUAUCAGCAGUACCACUGAAGAAGUGAUGCCUGUGACCCCCUCCAUGGGAGCUCCUCCCCAUGAUCUACCUCCAAGGGAGGGCUGGCUCCUGGUUGGCACUGGGAUCUUGCAGAGAGCACCUCUGCUCUGCCCCUUUGUCCCAGGGUGGGGGUGGGGCGCCCCAGCUGCCCAACGGAUGGCUUUCCUUCUCUCUCAGGGCACCCCAGCCCCACACUCACAUGUACCAAGCUCUGCCCCAGCCCCUUGGAGCGGUGCCCUGAUGAGUAUUUAAAGCCAAUUUUGAAAUGCC